AUGGAUAUGCCGGCUAAGGAGGCUGAACUGCUCCAAUGGAUUGAGGACUUUGGAGAGCAGUACGAACAAGGAUCUUUGGAGUGCUGGACCUUGAAUAGGAUAUGCCAACUUCUGGAGCGGUCUAAAGAUGACACCCUUGGAGUGAUCGAGGCGAUUGAGGCUGUUCUGGCUGGUUUCCGCAAACAGAAUCCUGGUCCCAAGUCCCUCCUCAUAGGUCAAGCCAACAUAACUUCGUACCGAAGCGAAGUGCGUACUUGGUUGCUGGACCGUGAUGAAUCCAUCUGGCUUUUGCAAGAAACCCAUGUCCCUGAAUCAGGUACUAAAGCCCUUGUCAAUAAAUUCCAAUCUGUUGGCAGACAAACAUGGGUAGGGCCGGCCGCUCUGACCCAGGGAGGAAGCUCAGGAGGACUUCUCACUCUUGCACCCUCGCAUCGCAAUGCUGCCACAGGCCCGGCCUUUAUGUCUGAAGGCAAGGGGUUUGUUUCUGUUUCGAUUCGAUUUCAGGGCUGGGAUCUCUUGUUAGUUAACUUGUAUCUCCAGUCAGGAGUGGGCCCGACUGGUGGACUCAACCCGGAGAUCCUUUCUCGUCUGGCAGCGGUCCUUGACCAAACCAGCACCCAGUGGCUGGUGCUUGGUGACUGGAAUUGUUCCCCGUCCGAAUUGCUCCGCCUAGGGUUUGUUUAUAAAGUGAAGGGCCAGGUUGUCGCCCCUAGUGGUCCUACCAUUAACACUGGAGGCACCUUGGAUUAUGCUGUUGCCUCCAAGAGGAUGGCCCCAUUGCUCUCCGUCUCGUCCUCUUGGGAUGUCCCAUUCAAACCGCAUUGCGCUGUGACGGUGGAGCUCAGGGUUGGGGUUGCAGAUCUGCCUGUUCGUCAGCUCAAGGGCUUCCCGCUGGAACCCACUGCCCUCUGCCCGGACGAAUUGUCCAUGCCGGAAGUCCAACUUGGUGGCUUUUGGGAUUGGUCCCGACCGAUUGAUUAUGAAUGGGCUUCAUUCACUGCUGGGGUGGAAGAACAACUCUUCUCUGUGCAGGCAGGUAGAGGGUGGAAGCUGGAGGUCUCUUUCUCGCCACUCGUGAAGACCACCAGCCCGGAAAAACUCUGGAAAGGGUCGAGCCCGGCUUUUUGGCAAUCCUUCCUCACCUGGACCUCUAAAGCCCUGGGCACUAAUCCUGACCCUAGAAUUACCCCCCUCUUCGUGGAGGCGAAGAAUCGCAUACCUGAAUUCUGGUCUGAAAUGGCCUCUUGUACUGCUCAGGCCUUGCAGGACCUCCUAGGUGCUCCUGACAUGCAAAGCCAUCACCUUGCACUUGAGAUUAUCGCACAGCAGGGGCGAUCAGCCUUGAAAGAGGCGGUGCGCAAGAGUGAUGAAGCUUACUCGCAAUGGUUGGAAGAAGCUUGCAAAGGGGGUAUGCGAGGCCUGUACAAGGCUUUGAAGUCUGAAGACUCCAUCCCGGACAGGCCAUACAGAAACAUACCACUCGAAAUUCGCCCGCACAUCAGGCGGGCUCACUGGGCUGACGUGUGGCAGCCCAUGCCUGGCAAUGAGGUCAAUCCCAAUAUUGAUUUUGAUUGCCUCAGGGAUGCUUCUGUAAGCCAAGCCAAAACCCUUCCUCCCAUAACAGGUCCAAUGGUGGCGAAGGUGAUCAAACGAAUGCCGACUAAAGCUAUUGGUGCAGAUGGGUGGAGUGUCCAGAUGCUUAAAUGUCUUGCCCCCUUGCAGCUUGAAAGAUUGGCCCAAUUCUUUAAUACCUGGGAGGGUCAGGGUGCCUUCCCGACCCAGCUCUCGGUUGUUCUGGUUGCACUCAUUAACAAGUCUGAGGAUGAGGAGCGCCCAAUUGGACUGACGCCAGUCCCAUACCGACUGUGGGCAAAGAUACGUUGGCCUGUCUUUGAGAAAUGGCUCCGGGAAUAUGCUGCCACCCAGGAUUGGGACAGGGCAAAGAAGGGCCUUUCAAGUCUUGAUGUUGCGUUGCGCCGUAAGCUGUCGCAUGAAAUUCUCCACCGGAAAAAGCGACAUUCAGUGACAGUGCUUUUAGAUUUAAAGGCCUUUUAUGAAAAUGUCCGACAUGAUAAUUUCGUCAAUCAGGCCCUUUCCCUCAAAGUUCCGCCGUUGAUCCUGAAUGCAGCAAUGUCGCUAUACUCUGCUCAGCGCUUGAUCAGUGCUGAACACUGUGUCUCUGGUCCGAUCAAGCCCACCAAGGGCUUAGUUGCGGGCUGCCCAUUUGCGCCUGGUCUCAGUAAGAUCCCUUUUGACGAGAUCCUGCGCCCGGCAUGGGUUUCAGGCCUUGCCAAAACCAUUGAUCUCUACAUUGACGACACUAGCUUUGACACUGAGGCUGGUAACCCCCACACAGCAGCGCGCCGGGCGGUGCAAUUGUAUAAGGCUGUGGUAGGAGGUUUGACAGCUGCUGGCCUCCCAGUCAGCCUGGGCAAGACAGCUUUUGUAUGCUCGUCUCCAAAAGUUGAAGCUGCCCUUAAAGAGUAUCUUCCUGAAUCUGAUCAAAUCAAGAAUGCCGCGAAGGACCUGGGGAUUGAUUGUACGGCUGGGCGUAGAAGGCGCAUUCCGUUCCACCGUAAAAGGUUUGGGAAGGGCGUUAAGCGCAAGGCUAGGCUCUCGACCCUGCGUGUGAAAUCGAUGCCAGCUAGGGUCAGAGCCCUGAGGGCGGGGGUCCAAACUGUGGGCCUCUAUGGCCAUGAGGCAGUUGGGCUUGCGCCAAAGCGUAUGCAUUGGUUGCGUGCUUCCUUCGCACAUGAAUUGGGGCGAAUGUCUUUGGGCUCGGUUGACCUCACCAUUGACCAUGCGUGCCCUAAGCGGCCGGACCCGGCCUUUACUAUCAUUUCCCAGCACUUCAAGGCCAUUCACAGGCUUCUGGGCUUCAUUCCCGAUAGCCAAAGGCAGCACUUUGAUGAUGUCUUGCCGGGUAUGUGGCUUGAAUACUCACAGGUGGAGUACCCCUGGAAGCGCGCUGCAGGGCCGGUUGGGGCCCUCCUAUGUUACCUGCUUGACUUGGGUUGGACCCCGGUCAGUGCGGACACUUGGAAAUGCCCUGAACAACCGCACAGCGUCACCACCAAAGUAGGCAUGCACCACCUCCUUUGCUCCCUUUCUAAGGAAACAGAUAGGUGGAGGCUCGCACGUAUAGCCCAGCACGACAUGCUUGAACCUCUGAGUGUGGGAAUUGAUUGGGCCCCCCUCAGAAAGCUUAGGAAUAAGAUGGCAGGCCAGGAGAGGUCAGGACUCAUGGCUGUUUGGCAAGGAGCAAUUCGUGCUGAUCCUUGUGCCACUUGCCUGAGGUGCGGCUGUGCUGCUACCAUGCAACAUGUCUUAUGGGAGUGUGACUGGUGGCGAACCAACCUCCCGGAACCGGCUUCCUUUCCUAGAUUUCGGCAAGAGUGGCCCAUUUCGUCACUGUGGGCCAGAGGCCUUCUGCCGAUUUCGCCUUACCCUGAUGAUGGGGAAUGGGUACGAACUACUGGUGCCUGGUGUGAUGGCCAGGUCAUUUGUGGCGAGGCGAUAUACUUUGCUACUGAUGGCUCCCCGGGGAAAUCCAAGGACCCCAGGUUCCAUCGGUAUACCUGGGCUGCGAUUGCCUUUAAGCUUGAAGGGGAUGAGCCCGUCACGAUCGCGACAGCUGUCGGCUCACUGCAAUCUCCGCUAUCGGUGUUCCGGGCGGAGGCAGCGGCUGUCAAGUUUGUAGCUGAGCAUAGUGAAGGGAACGCAGACCUCACCUUGGAUUGCAAGGGCAUCCUGCCCAGAGUGAAUGGUACACCUUCCAUCCAGUCUGCCGACCUCUUCGACCCCAUUCGACUGCAUGCACAGAGACUCAGCCUUAACUGGGUAUCCUCGCAUUUAACGGAAGAACAAUUCCGAGCAAAGUUUGGUGCUAACCAGCUUUGGAGGAGACGUGCUAACGAAAUUGUGGACCAGCUUGUUGGCACGGCUGCCGAAGUUAACACCUUACUGGCCAGGAGAGCUGCAGCUCUCCUUUCGUAUGACAAGGACCAAGGACCGCUGGUUCAGUGGCCUGACAAAGAGCAACGAAAGCGGAGAAGGGUGGAGCCGCAGGAUGAGCAAGCCCCUGAGCCCGGGCCACAACACGUGCAACCCCCUGAGCCCUUGGUGGAUAACCAGGCUCAGGGGAGGAGGAAUCCUGGAGUUGUGCUUCGGGAAAAUCCUCAUCUCGAGCAGCACAAUCCUGUGCACCGCCCCCCAGCCGUGGUGGCAAACCAGGCUGAGAGGGAUGAACCUCCUGGAAUUGUCCUUCGGGAGAAUCCCCAUGCACCUGGGGCUGGUCCGGUUUUGGGUGCCCCAGACCAGGACAGCUGCUCUGAAGAAAGCGAGGAGGAGCCAAUGGUGCCUGAUCCCAUUGUGCAUCCCGAGCCUCCUCCAGCACCGCCAGCUGCGCCUAUGUUGCCUGCCCCGUUGAACUUUGACUAUAUGGAUCAAGAAGCGGGCGCAGCCUUUGCUAUUGCUGAGAGGGCUCGCAAUACCAAGCCAGGACUGGUGGCUUUCAAAUCCGAUCUGGGCUAUCCUGGUGUCUUCCAGGCCCUUCCCAAGGACCUGAUCCACGUGUGGUUCAAUGACACGGGGGACAGCACUGCGGCGUAUAUCCACAAUGGAAGAACCAGAUUCGGAUAUGACGCUGGUGGGGGCUACGUCUUGAAGGUUGGGACGAAGCAGGCCUUUGGAGAUGAGGUGGCGAUUUCGGCCUUGCUGCCUAAGGUGGCAGCCACCAUCAUUGGGGCUGGAUCUACGACACUGCAGGUGCUGCUCUCUGGGCGACCAUGGGAGUUCAGGUCCCAUUUGGUGGCGUGGUCGAUGGUGGAAAAAAUCGAGCUCCUCACGGAUUAUGGUUCUCGGAACCAGAUCCACCCUCAGUGGUCCUUGUAUGCCUUCGCCCUCCUUUUGCAAUUGCAGGCGGUGGUCCCUUGCCUCAACGAGAUUAUUGCAGGAGUGUCCCGAACAAUAGCGGUGUGCUUGAGCCCGAGUUUGCUGGUUUUCGGGGAUCUGCAAGCUGAGCACAACUGGAUAUUCUUCGCAGGUAGAAUCAGGAUGGUACAUGUGCUGGCUGCUGAGUACGGGCCACCGAAAGAGACCUGUGGUAAGACAAGCGAUGAAAGGAUGGUACAUGUGCUGGCUGCUGAGUACGGGCCACCGAAAGAGACCUGUGGUAAGACAAGCGAUGAAAGGGCGGGGGUCCAAACUGUUGGCCUCUAUGGCCAUGAGGCAGUUGGGCUUGCGCCAAAGCGUAUGCAUUGGUUGCGUGCUUCCUUCGCACAUGAAUUGGGGCGAAUGUCUUUGGGCUCGGUUGACCUCACCAUUGACCAUGCGUGCCCUAAGCGGCCGGACCCGGCCUUUACUAUCAUUUCCCAGCAUUUCAAGGCCAUUCACAGGCUUCUGGGCUUCAUUCCCGAUAGCCAAAGGCAGCACUUUGAUGAUGUCUUGCCGGGUAUGUGGCUUGAAUACUCACAGGUGGAGUACCCCUGGAAGCGCGCUGCAGGGCCGGUUGGGGCCCUCCUAUGUUACCUGCUUGACUUGGGUUGGACCCCGGUCAGUGCGGACACUUGGAAAUGCCCUGAACAACCGCACAGCGUCACCACCAAGGUAGGCAUGCACCACCUCCUUUGCUCCCUUUCUAAGGAAACAGAUAGGUGGAGGUGCGGCUGUGCUGCUACCAUGCAACAUGUCUUAUGGGAGUGUGACUGGUGGCGAACCAACCUCCCGGAACCGGCUUCCUUUCCUAGAUUUCGGCAAGAGUGGCCCAUUUCGUCACUCUGGGCCAGGGGCCUUCUGCCGACUUCGCCUUACCCUGAUGAUGGGGAAUGGGUACGAACUACUGGUGCCUGGUGUGAUGGCCAGGUCAUUUGUGGCGAGGCGAUAUACUUUGCUACUGAUGGCUCCCCGGGGAAAUCCAAGGACCCCAGGUUCCAUCGGUAUACCUGGGCUGCGAUUGCCUUUAAGCUUGAAGGGGAUGAGCCCGUCACGAUCGCGACAGCUGUCGGCUCACUGCAAUCUCCGCUAUCGGUGUUCCGGGCGGAGGCAGCGGCUGUCAAGUUUGUAGCUGAGCAUAGUGAAGGGAACGCAGACCUCACCUUGGAUUGCAAGGGCAUCCUGCCCAGAGUGAAUGGUACACCUUCCAUCCAGUCUGCCGACCUCUUCGACCCCAUUCGAGUGCAUGCACAGAGACUCAGCCUUAACUGGGUAUCCUCGCAUUUAACGGAAGAACAAUUCCGAGCAAAGUUUGGUGCUAACCAGCUUUGGAGGCGACGUGCUAACGAAAUUGUGGACCAGCUUGUUGGCACGGCUGCCGAAGAUGAGCAAGCCCCUGAGCCUGGGCCACAACAAGUGCAACCCCCUGAGCCCUUGGUGGAUAACCAGGCUCAGGGGAGGAGGAAUCCUGGAGUUGUGCUUCGGGAAAAUCCUCAGCUCGAGCAGCACAAUCCUGUGCACCGCCCCCCAGCCGUGGUGGCAAACCAGGCUGAGAGGGAUGAACCUCCUGGAAUUGUCCUUCGGGAGAAUCCCCAUGCACCUGGGGCUGGUCCGGUUUUGGGUGCCCCAGACCAGGACAGCUGCUCUGAAGAAAGCGAAGAGGAGCCAAUGGUGCCUGAUCCCAUUGUGCAUCCCGAGCCUCCUCCAGCACCGCCAGCUGCGCCUAUGUUGCCUGCCCCGUUGAACUUUGACGAUAUGGAUCAAGAAGCGGGCGCAGCCUUUGCUAUUGCUGAGAGGGCUCGCAAUACCAAGCCAGGACUGGUGGCUUUCAAAUCCGAUCUGGGCUAUCCUGGUGUUUUCCAGGCCCUUCCCAAGGACCUGAUCCACGUGUGGUUCAAUGACACGGGGGACAGCACUGCGGCGUAUAUCCACAAUGGAAGAACCAGAUUCGGAUAUGACGCUGGUGGGGGCUACGUCUUGAAAGUUGGGACGAAGCAGGCCUUUGGUGAUGAGGUGGCGAUUUCGGCCUUGCUGCCUAAGGUGGCAGCCACCAUCAUUGGGGCUGGAUCUACGACACUGCAGGUGCUGCUCUCUGGGCGCCCAUGGGAGUUCAGGUCCCAUUUGGUGGCGUGGUCGAUGGUGGAAAAAAUCGAGCUCCUCACGGAUUAUGGUUCUCGGAACCAGAUCCACCCUCAGUGGUCCUUGUAUGCCUUCGCCCUCCUUUUGCAAUUGAGCCGUCAUUUUGCUCUUCGUGAUGUGUCAAAAACCAACCUGGGAAUUAAGCCAGGACUCAGUGCUGCGACGCCCAUGUUGUGUUUUUUCGACCUCGCGGAUUGGCACUUCGAAGGGCUUCAUGCUGGAAGGUGGAUUCCCAAGUAUAGCUUGCGCAGCUUCGUCGAGACCCUUCGAUGUGUCUGUGACGUUACGCCCCUGGAGCCGUAUCUCCGCAGGCAGGCGGUGGUCCCUUGCCUCAACGAGAUUAUUGCAGGUCUCCCCGCUGCGCUCAAGGCAAACUUGGAAAUCCAAAUGGUCCUCAUGGUUUUCGGGGAUCUGCAAGCUGAGCACAACAGGAUUUUCUUCGCAGGUAGAAUCAGGAUGGUACAUGUGCUGGCUGCUGAGUACGGGCCACCGAAAGAGACCUGUGGUAAGACAAGCGAUGAAAGGAUGGUACAUGUGCUGGCUGCUGAGUACGGGCCACCGAAAGAGACCUGUGGUAAGACAAGCGAUGAAAGGUGCUGGUGGGACUGGCAUCAGGCUGCAGCAGUCAUGGGGAAGCAUUGUACUGUGUGUGCCCACUGCGAGGCGUGGAAAAAGGCCACUUACCGUGAGCGAGCAUGGUCAAGCCAGCGGAAGAAGUGGCAAUGGCCAAAGGAAGACGCUACUUGGUGGACAAGACCUGCCAAGAACAAAGAAGGGAUGGCCGACCAAGCCCUCACGAAGGCGUGGGGUACGCUUUCUAUGGAGGCAAAGAAGGCCAUCGAAGAAGCAGGAUGGAAGCCGCGGACGAUGGAGCCGGGGCCAAUUUGGCCCCCGGGAUUACCUGGCAAUGGAUCGCAGGCAGAAAGCAUGUCACAGAAGGAGUACCAUGCGGCCAUUGAGACUGUGUGGCAAGGAGCCGAGCCCGCAGUGCAAAGGCUCCUCAGAGCGGCGGGUAUACCCCCGCCGGGGGACUACAAGCCUGAGGACGAGACGCCAAAGCAGGCCAUCCAGGCCACGGAGCUGGAGGUAGCGGAAGCACAGAAGAAGGUCCAAGCCUGUGUGAAGGAUGAAGAGGACUCGCCAUACAAGGACGUCGCGGACUACCUGGAAAAGGAAGGGAUCAUCCUGUCUGAGGAGCAAGCGGAGGCGCUCAAAACAAGGAUGGCAGUCAAAGUCGUGGAGACAGACUGGACGGGAGUCUUGGGACCAAGAGGCAACGCCGACGGGGCGCGAACGCUCGCCGGCGCGUGCCCAGGGCGAGUGAAACCUCAGGCUGGGACAGGUCCCAGAUACUUCGGUCUGGGAGGUGCGGACCAUGAGGAUCUACCACAGGAGUGGCAAAUGUUGUGUCAAGUGGUGGGUAGAUAUGAUGCUUCCAGUGAGGCUGCCGCACUCGAAGCCAUUGAGAAACUGGAAGAGCAGGAACUCAACCCGCUACAACAACGAGCAUGCCACGAAGUGCUUCGUUCCUUUGUGGAGCAGGACGCACAAUAUGCCAAGUGGAUCUUGGCAGAUGUGGCAAGUGGGUAUCGCCAAGAUGAUAAGGCCGAAUGCAUCAAAAUCACCUCGGCCAACAUCACCAGCUGGAGGAAACCCAUAGCGGCAUGGAUACACGAACUAGGACCGGACCUGGUGGUGCUGCAGGAAACCCAUCUCAAGACGGAGGGUAUCCAGCAAGCCAUGAGCCAUUGCCAAGAUAUGGGAUACACCUUCAUUGGCAUGCCAGGCAGUACAAAAACUAAGGGUGUACAAGGAGGCCUGGCAGUGGUGGCACCCCGACAUAGGAACCUGCGAUACCUUACUGAGUAUGGGACAGGACCGGCGGGCUUCCUGGCAUGUGCCAUGAGAAAUAAAGGCUGGGAUUUGAUCAUCGUCAGUCUGUAUUUGGAGAGCGGGGUCGGAUUCCAGGCUCCAAACAAUAUCCAAGUACUGGCGAGACUGAUAGCCUUUCUCAAGGGCUGCAAAGUGCCAUAUAUGGUGCUGGGUGAUUGGAAUGAAGCCCAGGAUACCAUGAGGGGCACAACUCUGGCGACAGAAGUUGGUGGUGCAUUUGUUGGAGUGGGGGAACCAACGGCCCAAGGAUCGGACGAAAUCGAUUACGGGCUGGUUGCGAAAUGCUUGGUGCCCAUCCUGCAAGUGAAAACGGAUUGGGAAACCCCUUUUCGGCCUCAUGCUGCAAUGCAUUGGAGGGUGGCCCAACCGUGCAGUAGCCCUGAUGCUCCCCAGAUGAAGAAGGCGGGAGCACUGGUGACGGAGACUGUGGAAUAUGAACCAGUUCAAAACACACAGAGCAUCAACAUCUUGGAUGAACCCAAGAUGGUAGAUGAGCUCAGUGAGACAUUUGCUCACCUGAGUGCCGGUGUGGAGAGGUCGAUCACAGGCCGAAUCGACGGUAUGGGUGUUAAAUCGGAGAUUGUGCGGAAGAAAUUGGUGGUCAACAACCCGGAGAACGUUGUCUGGACGGGCAAGAGGGCGGCCAUUUGGAACCGGGUCCAACAAUGGGUCAAACAAGGCAGACAUCAUGGCGAUGCACAUCCGGUGGCGCGUCUGGUCCAACGCAGGCUCGGCGAGUAUUACGAGGGUGAUGCGCAGACCCAGGAGGAUAUGCUUGCGAGUAUCCUGGGCCGGGGUACGGACGCUAGGCUUGUUCUGAAGCGCAUCGACGAACAGCAAUGCUACGCGAGAAAGGCGGAUAUGGAGGAGACAGCCCACCAGUACAAGCAAUGGCUCAGUAAGGCCAUGGAAAAGGGCAUGCGACCAUUAUACAAUGCCUUGCGAAAAGAAGAACAAGUGGUACACAGACCCUACAUGGAAUAUGACAUGCUGGAACGGCCACACAUUCGCCGAGACCACUGGGCGGCAGUGUGGACGACGGGCCAACCGUUGGCAAAAUCGGCCUCGCUCAUGACGGAGCUUGAGGAUGCAGCCAAAAAACAAGCGGCCAGCGUGGAGCCGCUGAACCCUGUCGAGGUCAAGGCAAGGAUCAAAAAACUGGCACUAAAGAGCCCGGGGCCGGAUGGCUGGAGGAUUGACCAUUUGCAGGCCAUGGACGAUAAAGCAGUUGAAGCCGUUGUGUCCUUCUACCAUGAAUGUGAGGCCAAGGCAGCAUGGCCGCAGCAAAUGACAGUCUCCCUUAUAGCAAUGCUGCCGAAGAAUCUGACCCGGGAAAGACCAAUCGCCUUGCUACACAUCCUGUACAGGACUUGGGUCCGUCUGCGCUGGGAUUUGGUAAGUACUUGGCAGGCAGGCUAUGCCACAACUGCCACGUACGACAAGGCAGUCCCAGGCAGUUGCUGCUUGGACGUGGCCGUAGGCAGACUACUGCGAAAUGAGGUGGCAAAGACAAAUGGAGUGCAUGUGGUGUCACUCUUUGUGGACCUCGAGUCCUUUUUCGAUACCAUCCAAUUUCAGCAAUUGAUCAUGGCAGCAACGGCCCUGCAAUAUCCGCCGCUAAUCCUGAAGAUGGCACUGGAAGUGUACAUGGGUGCCAGAUACUUGGUGGCGGAUGGGGUGCUAUCGGCAGGCAUCAGAGCUACAAAUGGCGUGCAAGCGGGUUGCCCAGCGGCGCCAUCGUUAGCAAAGGUGGCAUUGCACCCGGUGAUAGAAAAGAUCCAAAGGCGACGAGAUGUGGCAAACGUGGACUGUUGGUUGGAUGAUGUCUCAAUUGACAUCCAGCAUAAGUCCUUUAAACACGUGGCGGAUAGUGCCAUACGAGUCUACCGCAGCUUAAAGGACGGGAUGGAUGCUAAUGGUUUCACGAUUUCAUCCAAGAAGACAGGGUUUGUGGCCAGCAGUACCCAGGCGAGCAAGCACCUGCGUGAACUCCUGCUGCCUCAUGAGCCACAGGUGUACGACGUGAUGCGUGACCUGGGCGUCGACAGUACAGGGGGGCGAAAGCGUCGCUUGGUGACGUCGGCAACGCGGGCCAAGAAAGCCCAUGCGAGACAUAGCAAACUGUCUAGGCUGGGGCCGCCGCCCAGCACUAAACUCCGCGUGGUCAAGGCAGCGAUCACAUCAGUUGCUCUGUGGGGGCACCCCUCUGUGGGGGUCUCACCCAAAAGAAUGAAAUGGCUCCGAACAGUGGUUGGAAAACACCUGGGUAAAUACAAGCUUGGGAGUUUGGAAACCAUCUUGGACAUGGGAGCCAAGAAAUGCCAGGAUCCAAAGCGCACAAUCCACAAGCAGCAUUUCAAAGUGGUGGCCAAAGUUUUCCGUGCAUGGAUCGGUGGCGGAAAAGCCCACUUUGACUUGGCCUGGAAAACCACUUGGAAGAGGUUGAGUGCGGCCAAACACCACUGGCCACUGGUCACGGGGCCGAUGGCAGCAACCAUGGCGUACUUACUGGAUCUGAAGGUAGAUGCCAGUGACCCAGGCAAAUGGAAGAGAGGAAGUGUCCUCAACGUUGAUUGGACCCAGCCACGCAUGGGUAGCCUCGCCUACAAAUGGCUUGAGGGAUUCCUGGAGGAACAGAAGCGGGCUGCGAUAGCGCGACAGGCAGGUGGCGCUGGUGCCCAAGAGGGGCUGGAUUGGACGCCGCAUCACAAGCUGACGAAGCUGGGAGGCCUCAGCCCAGGCCUUAUGGAAGGUAUAAAGUCAGUGUGGCACGCGGGCGUCAUCACGGAGUCCAAGCCAGGAUGGUGCAAGAAGUGCCAAAUGCCAGCAACUCUGGAGCAUGUCCUCAAGGAAUGUCCUUACUGGCGUGAACAAGGGUUCAAAGAACCCAAGCUCCAGGAAUACUUGCGUCACAAAUACCCAUGGGAGUGUCUGUGGACAAGGGCACUCCUGCCAAAGCUGGCGGUGUGGCACCCGAAGCCGCCGGAACACCUUUUAGGUCUACGUUACCAAGGAUGCUUUGCAGCAGAUGCAAAAGUGGAAGCGGAAGGCUUGAUCUUCGCCACUGACGCAAGUGGAGGUCCAGGAGGAAUAGACCCACGUGUACAAACAUCAGCCCUCGCAGUGGUGGCUAUGUCCUGGACAAAAGGUGUCCUGGAGGAAGCCGGACGGAUUACAGAGCUGGUCUACCCGUGGCAGCCGGUGGUGGACAUGGAGCGCCGUGCACUUUUCCGACUAAUGGAGCACACGGAGGAUCUGAUUGAUGUCACUAUGGAUUGCAAGCCGGCAGUCCAAGUGCUACAAAAAACACAACCGCCGGAGGAUGACCUGGAAUGGAGCAAAGUGUGGAAUGACAGGAAACGUAUCAAGGCAACCUGGGUCCCGUCCCACAAAACUGAAGAGGAAUUCCUGGCGAAGAUGGGGCCGGGCACGUUGUGGCGACGUGCAGCGAAUGACAUGGCAGACAAAGUAUGUGGUGCAGUAGCGGCGGCUGCUUACAGCCCAGCGCACAAGAGGCGUGUCAAAGAGUUGGACAAUGUGGUGCGCACACUUUCCCUGGCGUACGGUGCACGCGCAGCCCACAUAUUGAGGAAGCGCAAAGAAGAAGACUUCCCCUUCAUUCUGGACCAUGCGCAUUACAAAGAGAAGAUGGAGGCCUCGCAGAAAGCUGAGGGAUGCAAAAAAGCGCAGGGCAACGCCAAACUCAACAAACGCCAGCGGCUAUGGCAGUUGCUUAAAGUGGUCUUGGAGCAGUACUGCGUCAACCAGCCGGAGGGCAAGCUGGCUACCCAAGCGCAAACCCUUGUCAAUGGUGGAAGUAUGAGCAACGUCCAGUUUCAACAGCCUCGCGUUCAGUUUGGUGGGAAUCGGCCGGACAAAGGCAAGGGCAAAAGCAAGAACAAGCAGAAGGAUCAGCCCCGAGAACGUUCCCCGCUUCGACAGGCCAGACACCCGGAGCAGCCUUGGGAUAGGGAAGAGGAGAGUGCUUCGGAAUCUCCGGUGGGUCCGGUACGCCUACGGGAGAGAGGAGAAGACAGCGCGGCCUCGCACCAAGCUGAGGGUGUCAAUACAGAGCAAGAGGCAAGAGAGCCUCGAACAGUUACGCUGGCGGAAGGGCCAGGAUAUGCUCUGGAUCGGCUAUGGGUCAUGAAACUGGCGAUGGAACCCCAGAGCUUUGGCAACGAAGCAGGGUAUGGGGAACAAUUCCCCACCCUGGUCACCAGGACCCUGUGGGCAGGAUGGAUUGGAGUCCUUUUCGACGAAGCGGUGGAGGGUUACUGCCACCACUACUUCUAUGGAAGUAUCAUCCGCAGGGCAGAGCUGUUCAACACAUGGGGGCAGGAACAUCGCCAUGAAGCCGGGGUCCUCAGACAGUCCCUGUUUUACCUGGUGGCUAUAACGUCAUGGCUGACCAUGCAAGGAGUUGCUCUAUCGGAUGUCACGGUGAGCAACGUUGGGCGCGACCCAAUGUCAGGAUCGUUACCACGGGCAGUGUUCUUUGACACGGCGGAGUGGACGAUGCUGCAGGAGGAGAGAUACAAGCUAUCAAGCGGCCUUGUACGCCUCCUGGAGAAGUAUGAUGAGGAGCUACUGGCAACCAUACGUGGAUUGGUCAGAACGUACGACGGCAAAGCCAGCGCGCUUUGGAUGGCGUGCAAAAUCACGCUGGGCAUGCCGUAUGACGAAGCUGAUGAGUGA